AAAAUGAAAACAUCGUGAAACGAAACGAUGGAUGGGGAAAGUAGUGCUUGUAUUUGGGUUUGACCGAUAGAGUUGCGAGCAUUUAAUAACGUACACCUGCUUGAAUUCAUUUUGCAAGAAAGGAUCUGGUCCGUGGAAGACAAGAAGGCCGUGGUAACUCUUCUCUGCGUUCACUGAUCGAGAGAACCGUGGAAGACGGGCUCUUAAACGUUACUGGAGAAAUCAUACCUGGCAAUAACUAGCAAGCUAGGUAGUUAUAUAGCUAACUUAAACCAGCCAGGGAAACAGAAAUACUAAGCUAUAAUGGCAGAGAGCGCAGGGGGAGAGACGACUGGUGGGAUGGGGCUGACUGGUGGGGCAAGUCACGGCAGCGGGACUCAAGCGUUACCGAGUUUAGGAAAUUCUCUGCCGGGGGACUCGAGUGGAGCUAACCCGGCCUCACCGUCUCCCGCAACGGCUGCGGAGACUGGCCUUGCCGUCAUGGUCCCGAGUACUGGAGACUUGCAUGCUUCAGCUGUGGGAAGUGGUUUUGGCACCGCAAUAGGAGUUCUUGGCACGGCGGUGGGCACUGCCAUUUUAGCACCAUCUUCCGCAGCCCCCACUGUUCUUCCUCCCAGCAUAGGGUUGGGGGUCACUGGUAGUCAAAAUCUGGCCGGGGCGGGUCUCCUGUCUCAAAUACACUCUACUUUCUGGGAUCCGACCCUCAGCACUGACUGGGACAACGAGAAACCAUCCCAACAAUGCAUUCUCCGGAUAAAAAGGGAUAUAAUGUCCAUCUACAAAGAACCUCCCCCGGGCAUGUUUGUGAUUCCUGACCCCCAUGACAUGACAAAGAUCCAUGCUCUCAUCACUGGACCGUUUGACACACCCUACGAAGGGGGGUUCUUCCUCUUCUUGUUCCGCUGCCCCCCUGAUUAUCCCAUCCACCCACCCCGCGUCAAGCUGAUCACCACAGGCAACAACACUGUUCGCUUCAACCCCAACUUUUACCGCAAUGGGAAAGUUUGCCUCAGCAUUCUUGGGACCUGGACGGGUCCGGCAUGGAGCCCAGCCCAAAGCAUCUCCUCGGUUCUGAUAUCCAUCCAAUCUCUGAUGACUGAGAACCCCUACCACAAUGAGCCCGGCUUUGAACAGGAGAGACACCCAGGGGACAGCAAGAACUACAAUGAGUGCAUUCGCCACGAGACCAUGCGAGUGGCCGUAUGUGACAUGCUGGAUGGCAAGUGUCCCUGUCCUGAAGCUCUUUGGAGUGUGAUGGAGAAGUCCUUCCUGGAGUACUAUGACUUCUACGAGGGCGUCUGUAAGGAACGGCUGCACCUGCAGGGCCAGACAAUGCAGGACCCAUUCGGAGAGAAGCGUGGCCAUUUUGACUAUCAGACCCUGCUUGCGCGACUGCAGGCCAUCCAGGAGAGGGUGCGGGAGAAGUGCCGGCUGGAGGAGAAUGACGCCGACACAGACUCUGACACCAGCUCCUCCGGCACAGACCCAGACAGCCAGGGCAGCUCCAAGCCAUAGCCAGGGGGUGGCACACACAGGCAACACUCCUAACCCCUCUCUCCCCCAAACCCCUCCCCUUGCAGCAACACCGUUGUACAACUCGGCUCCAGAGUCGGGGGGAAACGGGUGUUUUUCCUGGCUUCCAGAUGUUUCUAAGUGCGCAUCGCGAGGAGAAGGACGCAAGACUGCAUGAUCAAAACACAAGAAGUCCAGGAUGAGUUUGCAGGUGGCAAAUGGAAAUUGCCUAAUGAAACGGAGCACCUUCACUGUACGUUACAUCUUUGAGGCCUGAGGCUUUGUGACAGAAACACAGGAAAGGCUUGGGGGUGGGGGGGUCUGGGGGCAGCCCCUUUUUUUAAUUCAGUGCCUGCUUUGGGUUUUGAAAUCAAAGCAUGGAAGAUUGGGUCCGGAAAGUCUUUAACCCCUGCAGGUCUGUUGUUUCUUCUAUCUCAUCUGAUGAAACCCAGUGAUGGAACAGAAAUGAGAUUUAGGGACUUCAAGGGGGAAGCCAUUUUUCUCAAGACCAGAUGCAUCAGUGCUGGAAACCUAACAACCUGUGUGUCCUGCUGUGAAAGAGAGAGAUGGGAAGAUUGGAUGGGAUUUAAUUUGGUUGAUGAGACAGUGCUACUCAAGUAGUGUUCAGUAUUUAAUUGCUGUUCCAGUUUUGUAUUAAACUGAUGCAUAAACUACGCAGACCUGGCCAGGCAAGAACACAGUUAUUUGUACUGGGUUUUCAUUUUUUCCCCAUUUUCCA